CCUGCUGAUGUAAGAGCAAGUACACACUCACACACACAGACAAAUAAUGCACAAUUGACAUGUCAGUGAAAGUCUUAGGAAAUUAAAAAUAUACGAAAUGGCGACUUCAAAAACAUCAAAUACAUAUAAUCGACAAAAUUGGGAAGAUGCAGAAUUUCCAAUUUUAUGCCAAACAUGCCUUGGUGACAACCCGUACAUUCGAAUGAUGAAGGAGAAAUACGGCAAGGAGUGCAAAAUUUGCAUGCGUCCAUUCACAGUAUUCCGCUGGUGUCCCGGCGCGAGGAUGCGUUUCAAGAAGACCGAAGUUUGCCAAACUUGCAGUCGUUUGAAGAACGUUUGUCAAACGUGUCUCCUCGAUUUGGAAUACGGAUUGCCAAUUCAAGUGCGCGACGCGGCCUUAAAAAUAAAAGACGAUCUUCCCCGAUCGAACGUCAAUAAGGAAUAUUACGUGCAGAAUAUUGACAAUGAAAUCAGUAAACUGGAUCACACAUCGCCAGCGGGAGCUGUGGGAAAAUCGGCAGCCGCAAGCGAUUUAUUAAUGAAACUCGCCAGAACAAGUCCAUAUUACAAGCGGAAUCGUCCUCACAUUUGCUCUUUCUACGUGAAAGGCGAAUGCAAAAGAGGCGAGGAAUGUCCCUAUCGUCACGAGAAGCCAACCGAUCCCGACGAUCCUCUCGCCGAUCAGAAUAUCAAAGACCGCUACUACGGCGUGAACGAUCCAGUCGCCGAUAAACUGAUGCGACGAGCGGCGGCAAUGCCAAAAUUGGACGCGCCCGAGGACAAAUCGAUAACAACUCUCUACAUUGGCAAUUUGGGCGAGGCAAUAACCGAGAAGCAAUUGCGAGAUCAUUUCUAUCAGUACGGAGAGAUUCGCUCGGUGACAAUGGUCCCGCGACAACAGUGUGCCUUCAUUCAAUACACGCAGAGAAAUGCCGCCGAAGCCGCCGCCGAGAGGACUUUCAAUAAAUUAAUUCUGGGCGGACGACGACUCACAAUCAAAUGGGGACGAUCUCAGGGUCGACAGGCAAUAUCGGCUGCUGAGGGAAGUCGAGAAAUGCUGGAACCAGUUCCUGGAUUACCGGGUGCCUUACCACCGCCGCCGGCACGCGCUAUUGGCAGUGAUUUCUUCAAUUUGCAACCGACGGCCAGCAUGAUACCGCCGAUGAUGAUUCCUCCGCCGCCAGUCGCUCCGCCUUUCAUGUUCCCACCGCAAAUUGCAGCAGCCGCCGCCGUUGCUGCCGCGGCAGCUCCAAUAUUCCCACCUGGAACGGCGCCGAUUCACUAUCCAAGUCAGGAUCCUUCGAGAAUGGGAGCUUCUCAGGGUAUCGGUAAACCUUGGCCCGAGGAAUAAUUCUAUCAAUAAUAAUACAUACCUUGUAUAUGUAAAUAUGCGCACUGCAUACAAUAAACUUAAUUUAGGGGUAAGAA